AAAUGCUUCCAAGGGGAAAGGAAAAUCUGGAAAGGCUUCAUAUGGGCUCGGCACUUGCACUUAUAUCAAAGGCAUAUAUUAUGUGAGAAACAAGGCAAGGUCAAUGAGGCAUACCAGAAGCUGCAGGAUGGUUGGCUAAGCAACGGUGACAAGGUUCCUCCAGCUGAGUUUGCAAGGUUGGCUUCAGAGUACUCGGAGUGCCCAUCUGGGAAGAAAGGCGGAGACCUUGGAUGGUUCCCUCGAGGAAAGAUGGUUGGUCCCUUUCGAGAUGUGGCAUUUAGCACUGAAAUUGGAGCUACAAGUGAACCAUUCAAGUCAACACAUGGGUAUCACAUAAUUUUGUGUUAAGGGAGAAAAAAUUGAUGGAGCUGCCUUUCUGAUGGAGGAUUCCUGAACCCCUGGUUAGAGAAAUAUCAAAUUUGUGUUUAGACACCUUUUGUUUCCGUGGACAUAAUGGCUCGUUUGCUUUUUCAGUGCCGAAAUGAAUUUAUGAAGAUGAAGAAGAUGGGUUAUUCUUUGUCCGCUCACCAGCCUUAAGCCCUGGCGAAGGCAAGCAGUGGACAGGGAUAACCUGGAAGUAUCAUUGUGGAUAAUGUCUUGUGAUGUUACAAGACAUAUCAACCUCUUUGCCUGUGUAUCUUGAGCCCAGAAUUAUUAUUAUUGUUGUUAUUGGGUGGACAGUGGGCGGGGGCAGCUGCGCACUUAUACGGCAGAAGAGCUUUGCCAUGUCCCAUGUAAUUUUCGCCAGGAUAAGAGGAGACACUAUCAAUUGUACUUCGCAUAAGUAACAUUGCUCAUGUUUGCAAUGAGAGAUGUCUAGCUGAGCCCAAUACCUCCUUGAAUAGCGGUCAGCGGUAUAUCUUUGUGUGUCAAACAGAGAGAGCAUGAUGCUCUUUUGGCAAAUGGUGUCUCUCUGUGCCUAGCUUGAAACCUAGUUAAAGUACAUGAAAAUCUCUCUCCCUCGCCUUGGGAAUCCUGAUAGCUGAUAUUGCUAUUCUUUUUCUUGGAAAAAUCAAUGUGCAAACCAACGUGCUUUAAAUCAA